AUGAAUCCACGAGUAAAAGUUCUAUUAGCCGGUCGCCUGUCGUACGGGGUCGGUCUACAUUUACAGAAGAUCUUGUCGGAUCAUCAUCACAAGCAUUUGACCAAAUCAGCGAAUACAUUAGUGCUCCUAGAGCACAAACCGGUGUACACAGUGGGAAUACGGAACGGAAUAUAUACGGAGACAGAUGAAAUAAAGUUGAGAAGCCUCGGCGCGGACUUCUGGAGGACGAAUCGUGGUGGACUGAUCACCUUUCACGGACCCGGUCAAUUGAUCGCCUAUCCGAUACUCAAUCUAAAACAGUUUCGUACAAGUGUCAGGUGGUACGUGAAUCAAAUCGAACGUAUGAUAAUACACGUGUGCGGCGAGUUUGGCAUCAAGGCCGUGACCUCACCGCACACCGGAGUUUGGGUCGGCGAUCGCAAGAUUUGUGCCAUAGGUGUCCACGGCAGCCGUUAUGUCACUACCCAUGGCCUCGCGCUCAAUUGCAACAUUGAUCUCGGAUGGUUCGAGCACAUCGUACCGUGCGGUAUCGAGGACAAGGGCGUAACUAGUAUCUCCAAGGAACUAGAUACAGACGUAACGAUCGCCGAUGUAAUACCGAUCUUUCGAAGUGCUUUCCGCGAUCAUUUCGAAUGCGAGCUAAUUGAUUAUCCAUCCGACGAGGCUUCGCAAUUGCUGCGAGACGCGCAUGUUUUAAGAAUAUGAUGAGUGAAUAAUUAAUUAUUAAAUAUUUUUAGAAAUAAAGAGAUUUGCAAGUUUUUUAAAUAAAAUUUUGAAUGCAGCCCUU